AUGUUUGAUUUGGAAAAACGAAGUGUGCAAAGGACGAAGGAAAAAUUGAGUGAGGGGCAUGGAAGCAUAGGUGAGUGGGUAAGAAGAAGUAGGGAAAAUGAGAGAUGGGUUUGGGUCAAUCAAGAUGAGAGAGAGGUAGGGGGCAAUAAAAAUGACGAAGAGGAACAGGGCAAUGAAAAUGACAGAGAUCCAGAACAAGAGGUGAUUGAGUGUGUAGAUGUAGAUGGUUUAGAAGAGAUAGAUGAUGAUGGAAUUGAAGAUUUACCUGAACAUUGGGAGGAAGGGGGAGAUAGUGAGGAUGACAUUGUUAAAGAAAUUGACAAAGGGAAAAGAGUAUUGGUUAUAGAUGAGGAUGAGGAUAAAAGUAAGGAAGGGGGAGAUAGUGAGGAUGAAGAAGGUUCUGAUAGUGAGGAUUCGAAUUAUGUUGGAAAUAGUGCCAGCUCUGACACUGAGGAGAGUUUGGUGGAUGAUUUUGAAGUAUCUGAAAAUAGUGAAGGGGAAGAUGAGGAUAUGGGCCUUAAUGAAGAUUGUGAGCCUCCAAAUGAAAGAGUUGGGCUUAGCGUGUUGGAGGGCUUGGGAGACCGGCCUUUCUUUAUGUUAGGCAUGACUUUCUUAGACCUAAAUGAGCUCAGGAGCGCCAUAGAUAGCUAUGCUAUUUCGAAAGGGGUGAAUAUCAAAAUUAUUAGAAGUGAGAAAAGGUUAUUAAAGGCAAUAUGUGAAGAAGGCUGCCCAUUCACCUUAUAUGCAUCAAGAGAUGGGAAUAAUGUGGGCUACAAGGUGAAGACAUUGUGCAAUGAGCACAGGUGUGGUAGGGUUUUCAAGAACCCUAGGGCAAGUGUGAAGUGGCUAGCCGAACACUUCAAGGAGAAAAUACAGGAGAGACCUAAUUACAGCAUCUGUGAAAUGAAGAAUGAUGUUGAGUGUGAGUUCAAGGUCCACGUGAGCUUACAUAAGUGCAAGAGGGCAAAGAGGAGAAUAGUACAACACAUGGAUGGGAGCUUCGUAGAUGAAUUCUCCAAGUUAGAAGCUUACUGCAAUGAACUGAAAGUGUCAAAUCCUGGGUCAGAUAUUAGUGUGGAGAUAAGUAACGAGGCUUUGGAACAAGGGAGAAGAGUUUUUAGAAGAAUGUAUUUGUGUUUUAAUGCAGCAAAGGUUGGUUGGAAAGUUGGGUGUAGACCAUUGAUUGGAGUUGAUGGAACAUUUCUAAAUUGUAAAGCUAGAGGGAUUCUGUUAACUACUGUUAGUUUAGAUGCUAACGACUCAUUGUACCCGUUAGCAUUUGCUUUGGUUGAUAAAGAGAAUGGUGUGAAUUGGAGUUGGUUCAUUCAGUGGCUUAGGAUAUCACUUAAUCUUCACAAUGGUGGCAAAGUAACUUUCAUGUCAGACAUGCAGAAGGGAUUACAGCAUGCUGUGACAGAGAUACUUCCAGAGGCCGAGCAUAGACUUUGUACAAGGCAUAUUUAUGCUAAUUGGAGCAAAAGGUGGAGAGGGAAUGAGAUGAAGAAAAAAUUUUUCUCUUGUGCUUGGAGUACGUUUGAAGAACAAUUCAAAGACAAUCUCAAAGCACUUGGAGCACUUAAUAAAGAGGCAGCUGAAGCAAUGGUGUCAUACCCUACAUCUGUUUGGGUAAGAGCUUCUUUCAGUAAUAGAUGCUUGUCUUGGGUUCUAGACAACAAUAUGAGUGAGAGAUUAAAUGCUUGGAUUGAUGAAUAUCGAUAUCUACCUGUUAUUAGAAUGUUUGAUGGGAUAAGGGUUAAGAUGAUGGAAAAAUGGGCUGGGAGUGAGCAAAAUGUGAGGAAUUGGAAAGGCAACUAUAGUCCAAAAUGUCUAGACUUAUUUGAAGCAAAUAGGUUGUUGUCCUCUACAUGUAGAGUUUUUUUCAAUGGGGAUGAGGGAUUUGAGGUGACUGAGGGACAAGAUAGGCACACAGUAUGUCUCACUAGGAAAACGUGCAUGUGCAGGGCAUGGGAUUUAACUGGAAUCCCAUGCCAACAUGCUAUUCGUGCUAUGUAUCACUAUAAAUUGGAGCCCCUCACCCAUAUUUCAUGCUAUUACCACAAGGACACCUACAUUGCUAGCUAUAGGACAAAGUUUGCACCUGUGAGGGGCAAACAAUUCUGGGAUACAGAACAGUUUAUCCCUAUGCUACCACCACCUGAGUGCACAUUGCCUGGCUGA